CUCUCUAUAAAUACUGUCGGGAUCUCUUGCCGGCUUCCACUCCAGUUUCAGUCCUAGUAGGGUUGAAACAUCUAGUAGCGGAUUUCUUUGUGGAGAGAACCCGCUUUAUUUUUUUAUCCCAGCAUUCUGGUCUCAUGGACACACUCUUUGUAAAUGCUUUUUAAGAAUCAUCACUGUAGGAAGACGCACACUGGCUACUCAGCAGGCCCUGGCCUUGAGUCAUAUUUGAAGGGAUUUAACUUCACCGGUGAGCCCCCUUGGCUUCUCUGCACCUGAGGAACAGCAACACUAAAUUUCAUCUCUUUCAUAUCCAAUUUACUAGUGACUAAUCAAAAGGACUUCUUGUGACCAUGAACACUGCCACUGCCACCGAGGUUGACUUCUCUUUCCUGGAGGAGGGCUUCUCUGCCCGGGAUAUUGUUGAGCAGAAGAUCAAUGAGACAUCCAUGACGGAUGACAGGGAUGCCUUCUAUGUCUGUGACUUGGGAGAUGUACUAAAGAAACACCUGCGCUGGGUGAGGGCCCUGCCUCGUGUCACUCCUUUCUAUGCUGUCAAAUGCAACGACAGCCGGGCUGUAGUUAUGACGCUGGCAUCCCUGGGAACUGGCUUUGACUGUGCAAGCAAGACGGAGAUUCAGAUGGUUCAGUCUCUGGGAGUGGAUCCAAGCAGAAUCAUCUAUGCCAACCCCUGCAAGCAAGUUUCUCAGAUCAAGUAUGCGUCUGCCCAUGGAGUCCAGAUGAUGACUUUUGAUAGCGAGGUGGAACUCAUGAAAGUGGCCCGCUGUCAUGACAAUGCCAAGCUGGUGCUGCGUAUUGCCACAGAUGACUCAAAGUCAGUGUGUCGCCUGAGUGUGAAGUUUGGGGCCCCACUCAAAGCUUGUCGAGGUCUUCUGGAGCGCGCUAAAGAACUGGAGCUGGAUGUGAUCGGCGUCAGUUUCCAUGUUGGCAGCGGCUGCAAUGAUCCUGAGACCUACACCCAGGCUAUUGCUGAUGCCCGCUGUGUCUUCGAUAUGGGGGAUGAGCUGGGCUUCAACAUGGACCUGUUAGACAUUGGAGGGGGUUUCCCUGGUUCAGACGAUACUGAACUCAAAUUUGAAGAGAUCACAGCAGUAAUCAAUCCAGCCCUGGACAAGUAUUUCCCUGCAGACACUGGUAUCAGGGUCAUUGCUGAGCCAGGCCGCUUUUAUGUGGCCUCUGCUUACACACUGGUUGUCAACAUCAUUGCCAAGAAAGUCAUCAUGGACGAUGAAUCAGCUUCUGACGAGGAAGACGAGGGGACCAAUGAUAGAACCUUGAUGUACUAUGUCAACGAUGGCGUGUAUGGAUCCUUCAACUGUAUACUCUAUGAUCACGCUCACUGUUUGCCAACACUACAUAAAAAGCCAAAGCCAGAUGAGGUCAUGUACCCCUGCAGUAUCUGGGGCCCAACAUGCGAUGGCCUUGAUCGCAUUGUUGAGCAGUGCAACCUGCCUGACAUGCAGGUAGGCGACUGGCUGGUCUUUGAGAACAUGGGUGCCUACACUGUGGCCGCCGCCUCCACCUUCAAUGGCUUCCAAAGACCUGACAUACACUACGUCAUGUCCCGUACUGCCUGGCAACAUGUGCAGCAGAUUUGUUCCCAGGGCAUGCCAGCUCCUGUGGAGGAGUCUUGCCUGUUUGAAGUGCCAGCCUGUUGCGGUCGAGAGAGCAGCUUGGAGAUGCCCACUAAGCCCUGCCAGGCCCACGUGGUUUCAGCACAUAAUGUUCUUCAGAUCUAGCAUCCUUUUUGUUAUUAAUUAUUGGAGAGGGUUCUCUAUCCUUUUUUUCCCCCCCUUCUUCCCAAAUGUACGUGACAUUUCAAGGCCAGUUACUUGACAGGAGAAUGAGAGGGACAUGUUGUUGCACAAAUUUCUGUGUUCUGUAUGGAAGCGGGGAUCAGCCCUCAAUGAAAUGAGGCUGAAUCACACUCUGAGUGUCUCUGUGUGUGUUACAGGGCAACUCUGUACUUAAACUUGUUGCUGCAGUCUUCCCACCUGAAUUUGGAGGAAUAACUGUAGGAACUGGAGUACUGUAGUUCAUAAAGAAGCUAUUUGCUGAACAGAAUUAGUGUAGGUAGGGAGAGAAACCUUUGCUUUGCAGAAUAAAUCGCCAAGCAACUACUUCACUGUUUCACAUCACCAUAGGACUCACAACACGUGAAUCUAUAGCUUAAGUCCAAAAGGUGAAGGGUUUCUUAUGCUAUUAAUACUAUGAAAAAGAAUAGUAGCAGAUUGCUUCCACCCUAGGCAAUCACUAGUGCUGACUCACCUGCAAAAUAUAGGGUGACCCUUUUAAAGCCCUGUUAACAUCUGAAGUGGCAUCCCUUGCUAGUUGCAAAGAGGUGGUUGGAGGGGUGAUUUAAUUCCUCAAACAUGGCUGCUAUGUUUCUAUUUAUCUUUUCCAUGAUCUCCACUUCUGUACAGAACCUCUCAAGUGUUAAUCCUCAAGAUGUUAACAUAUCCAGACACAACUUUUUUUUUUUUUGUCCCAAAACCUUUUCAGCUAUGCAGUGCAAUUGUGCAGUGUAAAUGCUUCUGCUGAUCAUGAUCAUAGUCAUUUGUGUUACGUUUUGGAUAUGUACUGGUACACACAGGAACUCGCUCGCAAGAUGCAUGUGUCACAUUCUGCAUGUCAAACCAUCAUAUAGUGUGUCUGUGCCCAUAUGGCUGUAGCAUUUGAAACAGUUUCUCUGACAGCACUAUAGAUACAUGAACAGACUAGACAUUUCAGCUGCCCAUGUCAAGCAUGUCAUACUCAUAUUUAUCCCAGUCAGCGAACACUGACUGGGAUAAAUAUGAGGCGCGACCAAUAUCAAAUCUUCAAGAUUAACACUUAAAAUACAGGGACUCAAGAAGCAGACUGCACCUCUCCUCUUCUCCUCCUUAUUUUAUUUUUACUUUUUGUAACUCUUAGGCAAGAAGUCUGUUCUGAUAUUAAUAAGAAGCAGUGUUAAACCAUACAUUUGAAAUGGAUAUGAAAGAGACGGGAUUGCAAAUUCAUUAUGCUUUCCUAUGGAAACUUUUUGAAGUUUUGUAUUUUUUUAAUAAAUAAAGCAUUAGGUGCAGAGCCGAAUAAUAGAUGUUGUGUUUCUU